CUGAGGGGCUGGGGAGGCUGCUCACGCGAUCGUAUCCAUGCCUUGGCAACGCGCGGAUGCGGCGGGGAGGUCCAGGGCCCUAGGUGGCGGGCGAGCGCGUACUCACCGCGAUCCUCGUGCCACCCCAAUGGGUGCCGCUGCCUUUCACCUUCAGGUGAUGCCCUCGACCUCAUGUGCUUUGCGCCUUUCGCGUUUGCGGGAGCGCAGAGCAACACCCCUCCCCCUCCCUCCCCCCACCUUGCUACGUGA